UUUUUUUACAAUGAUAAAAUGAACUCAAACAAGAAAAAUUGUGGUACAUUGAAAAUCGUGAUAAAAAAUAUAUAUUUUUUCGGGUGAUGUAUUUUAAGUUUUUGUUUGUAAAAUCAUUUUAAUUUGGCAUUUCUACUGUAUUAAAAGCGGGUACCAUUUGCUAAAUGAUAUUAUCGAGAUAGUGAUUGCAUAAAAAAUAGUGUGAUAAAAAGACAUUGCCGUCUUCAGUGCUGUGCUAGUGAUAUAAACGUCUCGCUGGAUUUGUUGAAAACAAAAACUGGAACGAGAACAUUGGAAACAUGUUUUGGAACACAGAGUACACUCCCUCACCACACAUUGACAAUCUGCUCUCGAAAGAGGAUGUGAAAAUUGAGGAGCUUCUAGAUGAUGAUGAGAUUUUACAAGAAUAUAAAUGGCAAAAUAAAAGGCUGGUUCAAUAUUUUCAUCGAGUGGAAAUUAUUGAGCAACUGGUAGAUUUUAUAAUAAAAGAGCCUCCGACCGAUGUUGCGGACGCAAUACGUUUCAAGUAUUCAAAUAUUGCCUGUGAAAUUUUAACAACAAAUAAAUCAGCUUUAUCUACACUAUUAAUUGAACAUCAAUAUUUAUUGCAAAAAUUGUAUGCCUUUUUGGAACAAAAGCCACCGUUAAAUCCACUGUUGGCAUCAUUUUUUAGUAAAACGUUCGGCAUGUUGAUAUCAAAGAAAGCGGAACAGGAUUGGUUCUCAUAUCAAUGCGUGUGUUUGCAAGUAUUAGAAUUUAUCAAAACUCGCGACGGUUUUUUACAAACCAUUUUUAAUCACUUUGGUACACCCGCUAUAAUGGAUUUGCUGUUCCAUAUUAUAACAAAUGUGGAAGGUGCCGACCUGAAGAAUAAUCUAUUCGGGUGGUUGAAGGAGCAAAACCUUAUACCUCGCAUGAUCAGUCUAUUGGGCACCGAUGACGAUCCCGAGAAACACAACAAUAUUUCCGAAUUUUUAUGCGAAAUCAUAUCAAACUCACGUUCGUUUCGUCGUAAUGAAAUCGAAGAGCACGGAAAAAUUCGUCCUGUCGAGGACAUUAGUCUGACUUUGUUACAAGUAUUAGAAGAUGAAGUGACCACACGGUCGCUGUUAGAUAUCAUAUUAUCAAAUGCACAAAGGGAGAGCUGUGUCGUAGCUGGAAUACGAAUUGUUAUGAAGCUGUUGGAAUUGGAGAAUUCACCGAAAACUAUUCAACCGGAUGAAACUGUUUUGAAGGUAGAGAAAGAGUACCACGAUGUAUACCUCGCUUCGUUGUUCCCAAUCAUUGCCUCAAGAAUCGAAGAGUUUCAUGACUUACUGAUCAACCCUCCUCAAUUCGUUUACUUGCAAUUUUUCCAGAAAAGUGAUAUUCGAAACACCGUUGAACUGCUAUCACCGCCUUUCGGUAACACAAGACUGCAAAUUUGUGUAAUGUUUGCUGCUUUGCUAAAAGAAGAUAAUCCAAUUUUUACACAAGCAAUAUGUCAUUCUGAGUUUUUCAAUACGUUGCUCAAGCUGUUUAAGCAAUACUGUUGGAAUAAUCUAUUGCACACUCAAGUGCUGAAUUGUGUUUGCGCCGUCUUUCCGAUACUCAGUCCGUACGAAACGAUUACUAGAGAUUUGCCAGUUUCUGCCUUACAAUCACAUGUUGUAGAUAACUGUAAAUUAGUGACGAAGCUAAUUGAUUGUUGGAUGCAUAACAAAAAUGAAGUGGCUUCACCCGAGAAAAAAGGUCGCAGACUCGGCUAUAUGGGACAUCUUAUCGACAUGUUGAACAAUAUUGUUGAAAUUUCGAAAAAUUCAACCGAACUUGAUGCCUUAUUGAAUUCGAGUAUGGAUGCGGAAACGAGAUCAAAUUUUGAAAUGGUUUUGAACGAAAUGGAUGUUCAGUUGACGUCGCAACGGCGAUAUUUGGCUGACAUUGAUCCGUACACUGAUCCGUACCAAAAUUUGAAAGACGACCACUACACCGACUACACAAAUUUUGAUGAACCGGUCAACGACAACAAAAUCAGAGACGAAAUGCAGAUUCUAUUUCCGGAUUCGUGGAGCGGAGAGAGUUCCUUGAAUUCCGGUGAUUAUCAAGAUGAUCAAAAAAUGAGCGACGACGUAUGGGACUGGUUAUCAGACAGUGGCCAAAAAUCGACAUCGAAUGUGAAUUCAAAUUUCGACGACUUCUUUGCCGACUUUGAAUCCCAUUUCGCGAAUCCAUUGACCGAAAAUGAUGAUGCGGACGAUGUGAAUAAGUUCCCGCUGAACGAUUUUAAUUCGAAAUCGGAUGACUUUGGACCGCUGUGUACGUUCGGCGCUAGCGAUAAUAAUGCUAAUUUAUGGACGCAUCUGGAAAAUCAAGGAGAGCAAAAUUGCCUAACGAAAAAUGAAUCAUUUUCAAAUGCGUCGAUUGAUGACGCUGUUUUUGACUCCCAAUCAUCGAAUACGGAAUCCCAAGCAAUAAUUAACUCAACAGUGCCAGUAACUAAUAAUGAUGGAUCGGUUCUGACCGAUUUCGUCAACAAUAGCAACGAUCAGCAAGUACCAAAUACAGAUGCGACAACGGACGUUUCGCAAAAUACGACCAGAGAGGAAAUUUCAUGUAAUCAACCGAAUGACCCGCGCUAUACAUUUGAUGGAGACAUAACAACGACAUUAUCAAGUUUGUCAUUGAAUGAUUUGAAUGAUUCAACUUCGCCACAAGAUCAUAAAACUGCUUAGGUAGCAUUUUCAAUUUUGAUUUCGUUUAUUAUUUUUUAAGUUAACUUGCACAAUAAGUCUCUGAAUAUUUUUGUAAGAGAAACUUAAUACGAAAACUAUAAAAACAAUUUGUAGUCAUACAACUAUCCGGUUAAACAAAAUCCAUAGAGCAAUAUUAUAAACUCAUUUUCAUGAAAAUUCACAACAAAACAAAGAAUUAAUCGAAUAAACAAUCCGAAACACACCAUUUUUUUUGGUAUAAGAACAAUUUCAAACUUGAAAGACCAAUUUUUUCAGUGUAGUGGCAAAGAAAUUAGAAAUUUUUUUUAAAGUGAGACACGGUACACAGUAAAAUGAUCUCAUGAAACUGCUCAGGUUUGUAAUAAAAAAGAAUAAAAA